AUGGAAACAGAUUCCCUUACAAUGCAAAAGGUAUUGGAUGGUAUUUGGGAGGUGCCAUGGAACAUUGCUCUGCCAGUGAUGAGUAUACAAAGAUGGAGGAAGGACAAAGAUAUUUCAGUGGUGCAUGUGUUCAGAGAAGGAAACAGUGUGGCAGAUUAUUUUACUAACCUGGUUUUUGAUUUUGCAAAGUUAGAUCAACAACAAAACAGGCUUCCUACAGCAAUCAGGACAACAGCAUCUCAGAACAUCAAUGAAGGCAGGGAAGGAGAUGUAACCAGAAAUAACUUUGUUUUGUGUUGGGAAUUCAUCAAUGUGGAAUCAGAUGCAGCAAGUAAUAAGCAGGAGGAUCAUCAACAGCUUCUGCGGAUCAAGGUUGAAAAGGUCGAGGGGGUUAUACGUAAGAUGAGUAGGGGAAGAGCGACCGGGCCAGAUGAAAUCCCGAUAGAAUUUUGGAAGAAUGUGGGCAGGGGAGGCUUGGAGUGGCUUACGCGGUUGUUGAAUGUUAUUGUUAGGACGUUGAAGAUGCCUGAAGAGUGGAGAUGGAGCACCAUGGUUCCGUUGUACAAGAACAAGGGGGAUAUCCAAAACUGCAACAACUAUAAGGGUAUCAAGCUGUUGAGUCACACGAUGAAAGUUUGGGAGAGAAACCAGUUCGGAUUCAUGCCGGGGCGUUCGACUACAGAAUCCAUUCACCUUAUGAGAAGGUUGGUGGAGAAGUAUAGGGAUAAGAAGAAAGACUUGCACAUGGUGUUUGUUGACCUGGAAAAGGGUUACGACAAAGUUCCAAGGGAGGUGCUGUGGAGAUGUCUGGAAGCUAGAGGUGUUCCUGUAGCUUACAUUCGAGCGAUUAAGGACAUGUAUGAUGGAGCCAAGACCCGGGUGACGACGGUUGGAGGUGACUCAGAACACUUUCCAGUCACGAUGGGUCUGCAUCAGGGAUCGGCUCUUAGCCCGUUUUUGUUUACUUUGGCGAUAGACGCACUGACGCGCCACAUCCAAGGGGAGGUGUCGUGGUGCAUGUUGUUUGCAGAUGACAUUGUCCUUAUUGACGAGUCGCUGAGCGGGGUUAAUGCGAGACUGGAGGUAGAGGACGAGGACGAGGAAGUGCAGCUGGAGUCUCAGGUCAUCCCGAAGAAAGAAAGUUUCAAGUACCUGGGAUCGAUCAUCCAAGGGAAUGGUGAGAUUGAUGACGAUGUCAGACAUUAUGCUGCUACUACUCCUGUCAAUCAACAAUUGACAGACACUCCAGUUAUUGCAAGGAAAGUCACAGGCACAGAGGCACUUUUAAGCCUAAAAUACUUUAGGGGCAAAUUCGAUCCAACAUGUGAAAGGAAGGGAUCAGGAGUACCGGAUGUAACCCUAAAAUCAAAAGAUGGGGCAUUUAACCACAAGGGCGAACUCGCAAGCAACAUCUUCCCACAUUUACGCUGGAUCCCAAGAUUGAGUGAAGUCCCAAGUUGUUAUAAUGAAGCUGUACGUCCUUUUUCACCUACAGCUGCUUAA